ACAUAUACACGUCUGCUAUUCUCUCUGAGAGACUCUUGAAAGGCAUACACGCACACGUGUAUCGACACAUCUACGUGCAAGGACCAUGGAGCCUCAACUGAUAUCCCAUGGCGGCACCAGAAUCCUGUGUCUUGCUGAAAUCCGUGGUCAUUUAUCGUUGUUGAACGAACUUGCUGUCCAGUACAGAGCAGAUGUCAUUGUGCACACGGGGUCGUUUGGCUUCUUCGACGAGAACAGUGUGGAUAAGAUCCAUGAGAGCUAUUUGCGGCACAUUGUGGCGUUCUCCCCGUUGCUGGACCAGGAGCUUGUUGAUAAGAUUAGUGAGCUGUCAAGGGCCAACGGCGAGUACGUGGACCACGACGUUCAGGCGUUGAGAGAUCUGCUGCGUGGGCGUAAAGUGAGUGAAGUUAUGGACUACGUGCGUGGAGAAAAGAGGCUUGGAGUGUACUCGAUUCCAAACCUCACCAUAUUGGAUGAAAGCACCACGGCAGUGAUCAAGCUGGACUCAGAAUUGGAUCUCUUUUUAUGUGGAAUAGGUGGCAGCUUGUCGUAUCAAAAGCUCUUCCACCAUGGAACUUUUGACAAUGAACUCAACAAGUACAUCACGGCAGAACAGAGGCACAAUUUCACCCCUGUUGCUGGUGAUCCUGGUAACGUUUGGAUUACAAUGUUGCAGAUUGGAGAAUUCAUCAAGACCGUGGAGAACAACUCUCAAAAGACCCAGGUAAAAAUAAUGCUGUCACAUCCAUCACCGUCCCGUGAAGGACUAUUGGCUCAUCUCAGUGUGUUCCUCAAGAUGGAUUACACCAUAUCCAAUGGACUACACUUCCUCUAUCCGUCAUCUUUUAACGAGCUUAGCAUAUGUCCAAAUUUUGAAUUCUAUAAAUUGAAAUUCAGUGAUGCUCGUUCACAGUUAUCCUCAAUCUGGGUUCAGGUUCAGAACACCAUUGAGAAAGUUGUUGAGAGUGAACCCCGUCUCCAAGACUUAUUGAGCACUGCACUGACAUGUUUUGAUCGUAUUCCUGUGAUUAACUCAAAGGAUCAGGAUAUCAUACCGUUGGCACUCUCCUUCAACAAAAGAGACGUUAACUCAAACACCAUCAGGCUUCAGAGUGACAUGUAUUACCUUGCAUUUCAAAACCAAUGGCAUUUUAACUUGUGUGAUGUUACUAUUGGAUCUAUGGUUCUUGCCUAUCAAAAUGGACGCAUGAAGUUCGAAGCUAACGCUCAAGGGUUUGAUUUCACAUUCAAAAGAUCCGGACAGGAGGUUAGAGAGAGAAUAAACUCGGGCUUCAGAAGAGGAGGAUACGGUGGAUCCACAGGGAAUGGGUCCCGUGGUCGAGGAACAAGAGGCAACUAUCCCAAGCGUUGACCAUCAAUUAACCAAACUCCACAGUAGAACCAUGCAUACAACACAGAUACUAUUCAAAUACAGUACCAAAGUUCGGCUAUUCUUUUCAACCAUUUAAUCUAUAAUACACACUUGAACUACACAUAUAUUACAGGGCUUUGCAGA